GAACGUGUGGUCGUGUGGUCGCCAUUAAGGUGUUCGCCAUUGGCUCAGUCAGACUCGAGAGAGCUGUGAGAGAGAGAGCUGAUGUUAAUGUAAUGGGCUUUAAUUGGGCCUUUCCGCGAAAAAACAAUUGAAGGUCAUUUUAGUCAUUUUCUUCUUUUAAUGUGAGCCGUUGGAUCGAAUCCUUUAAACUUGAUCGUGAUUAGUCGAUGUAUCGGAAUGAUCAAUUGAAACGCCACCGCCUUUGUCUAAAGUCCUCUCGAAGAGGGAGAGAGAGACUAGAGGAAAAUGGCCAACGACACUCACACCGAUGACUUAGACGAGCUUCUCGAUAGCGCUUUGGAUGAUUUUAAGGAUCUCAAUCUUACUCCUAGAGCUGGAGGGGUAGUAAAACAAGAUGGUGAUAAAAAAGAGACUGAGUCAUUGCCGAGUGGGGUUCAAGGUCUUGGAAUGGGGUUACCUGAUAUGAGAAGCAAGAAGAAAGGAAAACAGAAGAUUGCAAAAGAUGACCAUGUUGCUGAGGCUCUUGAUAAACUCAGGGAACAAACCAGAGAAACUGUGAAAGGACUUGAGUCCUUGUCGUCGAACAAGCAGCCUACAGGUGAUGAUGCUAUGGUCGAAGAUUGGAUCAAGCAAUUCGAGGAUCUUGCUGGCUCUAACGACUUGGAGUCGAUAGUGGACACGAUGAUGCAACAACUAUUAUCAAAGGAUAUUCUUCACGAACCAAUGAAAGAGAUAGGCGCAAGAUACCCGAAAUGGCUAGAAGAGCAUGAAACCAGUCUAGACAAGGAAGAAUUCGAACGUUAUUCGCGCCAAUAUGAACUAAUCAAAGAACUCAACUUGGUGUAUGAGAACGAACCAAACAAUUCGACCAAGAUCAUGGAGAUUAUGCAGAAAAUGCAAGAGUGUGGACAGCCACCGAGUGAUAUAGUACAAGAGAUGGAUCCUGGCUUUGAUUUCGCUAGUCUAGGCCAAAUGUCUCCGGAUAUGCUCGAGUCUUCACCAAAUUGUUGUGUAAUGUGAGGGAAGGAAGAAACAAGUUUUAGAACUAUUUGGCACUUGUCCAGCCAUUGGAGACCAUGUGUUUUUUUUUUCCUGAAUACUACAGUUAUUCUCUGUUUGGUUAGGUUCAGGUUCUUUUGGUUUAUUCAGUUUGGAAAUAAUAUAAAAUCUCUAAAUGAAUAGGCCAA